AUGACUGCCUCCACCGCUGCAGCUGCAGCCACAGCUGGGUCAAGAAUGGCCACUUCCACCCCAGCAGUCCCUGAGAAACAGCUGAUUGAACACACCCUGUCCUCUGGAUCAGUAUCUGUCACCUCCACCACAGCCUCUGCCUGCCCCCUCAACAUCCUACCAGCCACUCUCUCCACAUCAACUGUUGGUCCCUCUGGGGCACCUACCCUGGCCCCAGCAGCACCUGUGCAACAGGCGGCUGUUGAUGCGCGUGGCAUCCCAGGGAUGGACAGAGUGGAUGGCCUGGCUGAGUACCUGGUGGGCCUGAGGACUGUUACUGGUCAGACAAUUACCAAUCAGCAGGCCAGUACCAUAGUAGGGCUGUGGCAGAACCUCCUGCCAUAUGACCAGCAGCGGGUGGCAUAUGCUGCACGUCACCAGGUGCGCCUUAUAACAGGACGCUUCAGGUGCUCUAAAAAGAGACCUGAAUUUACACCUGGCGUGGAGAGCACAACACGUUGUGUUUUGGGAUCCUCAGGAUCUCCUGCCCAGUGGCCAGACUCUAGUCGUCUUGUAGAGUCCAUCUGUGUCAAGCUGUGCAACAUUCACAAGAGCCCCCAAAAACAGGGCACUUACAGCUUGACAAGAUGGACUCUGAUUUUGACUGACUACAGUAAGAUCAGGCAGUUGGUCCUGGGGAAUGCCACAGUGAUGGGGAGCACGACUCUGCAGUUGUUUGAUGUUAACCAAACAACUCUAACCCAGUGGCACAAUAAGAGACUGAAGAGGCAGGACAGUAGCAUUCUGCUGCAAGGGGUCAACCUGCCUGACUCUGUCCCCGUUGCUGCGAGGCCUCUUCCGCUUGUUCAGGUGCGCCCUCCUGCUGUACCACCACGGCCUGGUCCCCAACAUCAGUACAACUUGCCCCAGAGUACGGUUGGACAGGCAGUGGAUAAGCGGAAGUCAGCAGCUCAGAGGCAGUUGUUCAGCCAGCCAUCACAUCUAGCUCCUGUGCUUCCAAACCCCAGCCCUGUCAUUGUGCCAGUUGUGUUUGCUACCCCCACUGGAAGCAGACAGAUUGUGCCGUCUGGCCCGCUGCCCUCACCACCGCUGACCCGGAGAGCCUACACCCGCACGGUCGAAAAAAACAAAUGCCGUCAGUGCCACCUGCCGCGCAACAAGGAGACCGGUCAUGGGCAGUAUUAUGGGCAUAUAUACUGUCCCCAAAACAACAGUAUGCCACUGGAAGUUUGGAUGGAGGAGAUGAGGAGAAAGAGGGAGGAAAAAAAAGUGGAGUGACAUUCUUUGUCAAUAUGUAUAUAAUGUAAAUAGUUUUAAAAGAAGAAAAAUGUCUUAAUUUACUGCUGUUCUAUUUUUUUUUUAACUUUAACUUUAACUUAACUUUAUUUUCUACAUUUGUUUAUUUAUUGUAUUUAUUUUACUUAUGUUGUUUUGGUUAUCUUUUUUAAUUCUAUUUUAAAUUGUUUCUU